CUUUGUACGUGUCGGAGGCGGAGCCUCAGCCGGCACUAGCAGCAUGGCCACCGGCGCCGCUGCUGCCUUGGGUUUUUUGAGUCAGGAGAGCCGCUGCCGGGCCGGGGGUGCCGGCAGUCUGCGAGUCCCUACCCCGGUCACUAUGGACAGUUUUUUCUUCGGCUGCGAGCUCUCCGGCCACAGCCGCUCUUUCACCUUCAAGGUAGAGGAAGAGGAUGAUGCAGAUCACGUGCUGGCUUUGACCAUGCUCUGCCUCACUGAGGGGGCCAAAGAUGAGUGUAACGUGGUAGAAGUCGUGGCCCGGAACCAUGACCACCAGGAGAUUGCAGUCCCUGUGGCCAACCUCAGGUUGUCCUGCCAACCCAUGCUCAGUUUGGAUGACUUCCAGCUCCAACCACCUGUAACCUUCCGCCUGAAGUCAGGCUCUGGCCCUGUGCGGAUUACUGGGCGGCACCAGAUUGUUACUAUGAGCAAUGACGUUUCUGAGGAGAGCGAAGAAGAGGGGAGUGAGGAGGAAGAAGCUGAGUUGUGCCCCAUCCGACCUGCUAAGAAGCAGGGGGGCAGGCUCUAACCCUCUCUGGUCAGCUAGCAGCCUGCCACCUGCCAUGCACCAGGUUCCUGUGCAAGUUUCAAGAAUGUUGUACCAGAAGGGUGGGGUGGGAUAGGGCGGAUGGGGUCCUGGUUUGGUGCUAGGACAGAGGGAGUCCCAUUCUCCAUAGGGCCUUGAUGUUCUAGUCUUGUACCACACCUGGAGCUUUACUUUCUUCCAGCACUGGAAGGAACUCUGAACUUGUCCUGACCCUCUCUCCCCAUUUGCCUGUGAGGUUGGAGGUCAGCAUCUGAAGCUCAGGACUACACAUUUUUAACAUUUUUUACAUUUUUGGAUAAAGUUUGAAAUAAAGUGGUAUGGAGUUUUUUUGCAA